CUCUGACAGUCUAGGAGAAAGUAGACUAUUGAACCAUGUCCAGCAAGUACAGCUUGAAGUGGAAUUCGUACCAUGUGGAGACACAUGCCAGUUUCGAGUCGCUUCGCAGCCGAGAGAUGCUGGUGGAUACGACUCUGUUUUGCGACGGCCAGGCUCUCAAGGCGCACAAGCUGGUGCUGUGCGCCGGAUCGGGUUAUUUCGAACGGAUGCUCCAUCGAGCCGACCAUCGUGACGCGUGGAUGUAUUUCUUCGGUGUAGAUGCGAACCUCCUGAAGCUCCUGAUAGAUUUCAUGUAUUGCGGCGAGGUGGAGGUGCCAGAGGUGGACCUGAAGAGUUUCAUCGAACUCGCAGAUGCAUUGGAAGUGAAGGGAUUAAAGGGAGACCGCUCCAAGAAUGCUGCCUUCUCCUCGUCUCCCGGCUCCUCGAUCCCUGUGUCGGACGUGCAAGAUGCCCUGGCUCACAAGCGAAAGGCAGCCGUUUUGCAGGCAGGAUGCCCCAGUGAUAUCUCUCAUUCCGGUGCCCUCAAGGUCCGAAGGAAGCAUUUUUCGGCCUCUUCUAGUCCUUUAUCGGCAUUCCCCAAGCAGUACAUGUACCAAACACCAGUGCACAAGGAAGUGAUAAGCCAGGAAGCAAAUAACUCUGGAUCUGCCGGUCUAUGCGUGUCUGCCCAGCAGCCAGAAGUCUUCAUAAAAGACGAAGUAGAAGACGUGGAUCUGGAGGAAGGAGACGGUCGUCUAGUCGAACGCAUAGAGAACCCAGAGAAUGGGAGCAAAUGGGGGGAAUCCAUCAACUCUUCAGAGCAGCAAGGAGCACUGGUGUCCAAUGGAGACAUGCCGUUGAUCGUCCCACCGGACAUCAACCCUUCGACCAGCAGCGUGGUGGAUGGAAGAGGAAGGAGAAGAAAACUGAAGACCACAAGAAAGGAGGAUGAGCUGAUUGUGCAAGAAUUUCAAUUGAUCAUCCGACAUGCUGCUGGUCGUCUUAGUCUCGGUGUUCCAUACGAGAAGUACAGGGGACACCUGCUGCAUGCUCGGACUUGGACCAACCUCAAGAUCUACCUUUGCACCCUCUGCCCCUACAAGACGGCCCGGAGCGGACUGGCCCUGGACCACGUCCGCACUCACACGGGGGAGAAGCCCUUCGCAUGCUCCACCUGCGGCAAGGGCUUCUCCGAUCGCGCCAACUGGAAGAGGCACCGGCUCACCCAUGAUCGCAUUCAUUCGUGCUUUAAGGAUUCCUACAACUGUAACUGGAGGAAUUACUGUUUCUGGUCUCAAAAAAAUGGAUACCAAGGAACAACACUGGCUCACUCUGAUGCGAUGUCUAAGAAAGAAUGGAACUUUCGUCAUGUACCUAAAAACGCCAAAGAGGCUUCCAAAGUGAGAAGACUGAAACCUGCAUGGUGUAUCCUCGUGUUACAGACCGUCGGGAUUCCACCCCAGGACCGCUGUGGAGUCAUCUGGCAAGGCUGGACAUGGGACCGGCGUAAGAGAUACUUCUGCUCCCGUUGCUUGUACAUCACCCACAGUACGUUUGCUGCAUUCAGGCACGGUCGCUCUCACACCGGGGAGAAGCCAUUUGCAUGUUCCACCUGUGGCAAGAGGUUCUCUGAUUGCUACAAUUGCAGGAACCACGAGUUAAUCCACAAUCGCAUUCGUUCGUCUACCGGUGUCGAUGCAUGA